AUGUCGUCGGACUACACCUAUGAUGAGCAGGGACAAUUCUUCCCCUUCUUCAUCUUGACCUUGAGCGGCCUGGUCACUCUUCCUCUCACCUAUAACCUCCUCCGACCAAGCAAAGAGCUUGAAAAUACCGCUCCCCGCAUCAAAUCCGACUUCAAGCCUCAACAUGCCGACCUCGUCGAGGCGCAGAAGCGCAAGCGUCUGCGCAAGGAGCGCCGAAUCAAGCGCAUUAUCACCGUAAUUCUCGGAUACGUGGUCAUGGCCUGGAUGGUCUAUCUGAUCAUGGUCACGGCCCGGACCACCACCAAAGUAUAUGACCCGUACGAUAUUUUGGGCGUCUCAAGGAGCGCCGACGAGAAAGCUAUUUCCCGACACUACAAGCGCCUCUCCCUCAUCUAUCACCCCGAUAAAAUUCGACCUGACCCCUCCAAGAACGAAACCAUCGAGACCCUGAACGAGCGCUUCGUGGAGCUCACCAAGGCUUACAAGGCACUGACUGACGAGGAUAUCCGUAACAACUAUCUCCAGUAUGGCCACCCCGACGGCAAGCAGAGCUUCAGCAUUGGCAUUGCUCUUCCUAAGCUCAUCGUCAUGGAAGGCAAUGGAAAAUACGUGUUGCUGGUUUAUGGAGCCCUCCUGGGUGUUCUUCUGCCGUACAUCGUCGGCAAGUGGUGGUACGGCUCUCAGCGCUACACUAAGGAGCGUGUUUUGGUCGCCAGUGCCGGGAACAUCUUCCGCGAAUACAAGGAAGACAUCACCGACGGUGGCAUUGUUAGCGCCUUGUCUUCCGGCGAGGAGUUCAAGGAUAUGCUGAAGGGUGCUCAGGCUGAAACGGGUCUCGCAAAGCUAGAGAAGAACGUAUUGGCCGAUAAAUGGGCUUUCCUCUCUGCCAAGGACCGUGAGACUAUCAAGCAAAUGGACAACACAACUCGGCGAAAGGCUCUGGCUUUGCUGUGGGCUUAUUUGGGCCGAAUCGACCUUGGCGAUGCUACCCUUGACGCUGAGAAAUACGAGGCCGCUCCUAUUGCUCUCUCCUUGGGAGAGGCCUUUACUGCGAUCGCUCUGGCUUUCGGCAAUCUUCGACCAAUUCUCGGCGCUUUCCAGACGUCUCAGAACUUGAUUCAGGCGCUGGCUCCGGGUGCGUCGCCGCUUAUGCAACUCCCCAAUUUCACCGACGCCGUGGUUAGGUCCGUGGAAGGCGAGCACACCAAGGAACACAUUACGGUUCAGCAGUUCAUGAAGAUGUCCGAGCAACAACGGCGCAGCCUCACCGUGGGCGCUGGUCUCCUGUCUGAGAAGCAAUACGCUGAUGCCGUCUCGGUUGCACGGCAACUACCCGCACUGGACGUCUCCAGAGCGUUCUUCAAGGUCAUGGGAGAGAAGGUCAUCACUCCUAGCAGUCUGGUACAACUGGUGGUCAAGGCUCGAUUUGUCCCGCCUGGCUGCACCGAAGUCCCGGCAGUGAACGAACUUGAUUUGGAGGACAUUGAUCCGGAUGAGGAUGACCUCGACGCCCUGAUGGGCCGCAAACCGGCCAAGAACCGUGCCACCAAGCUCGUCGACGGUAAGAAGGUUGAGAGCAAGGUGGAAACCAUCCAACCGCCUCUCGCCCACGCCCCCUACUUUGCUCGUGACCACUCCCCUCGCUGGCACAUCUUCCUGGCCGACGCCAAGCAGGGCAAGAUGGCCGUUCCACCAUUCACAUUCACCACAUUCGACAAGCCGAUUCUCGACGAAGCCGGCAAGCCCACAUUCAACGUUCAGACCCUCAAGAUGCAGUUCCAGGCUCCUCCACAGGAGGGCGACUUCACCUUCGUAAUGCACAUGGUCUGCGACAGCUAUCUGGGCCUAGACACCAAGAUGGAGAUUACGCUGCACAUUGACGACCCGGCCAAGGCAGCAACCGUGGAAGAGGAGGACGAAAUCAGCGAACCAGAUGAGGACUCCAUCGCCGGCCAGAUGCAUGCACUCAAGACUGGCCAACCCCCGAAGAAGAAGACCAGGAAGCCUUCCGACUCCUCCAGCGAGGAGAGUGACACCGAUGGCGAUGCAGGCGAUACCAGCGACACCGACACAGAGACGGAAGAUGAGGAUUGA